UCCACACUUCCAGGACGAAUAGCUGUCAGGCGUCUAGUACCAUUGCCAGCUUCGGCUCUCAAUUAUGUCUUCAACCGUGUGUGUGUGUUAAGGCAACGGCGUCUCAUUAUGAACUAGAGAAAAUAACCGUCUAUUCAGGCGUGAGGAGAAAGGACGCCGCCAUUUUGUUGUAGACCAGAUCUCUAGAGACUAGACUGUGCCUCUCUCAAGAAACAGGAAGCUAAUUUUCCAGUCAUUCUAAAAUUGACACCCCGCCUACCUACCUGCUGGCAGUGACUUGUGGCACUUCAUUCCAUAACACCGUGAUACUUCCUAAGCCUGUGCCCACACCUUUUCUGAAAUGGUGUUAAAUGGAAUUAAAGCCAUAUUUUUUGAUUUGGAUAACACAUUGAUUGACACUUCUGGAGCCAACAAAAAAGCAAUAGAAGAGGUGAUUAAAUUACUUAAAGACAAAAGCCAAUUCAACGAAGACGAAAUACAUAUUAUAUGUAAAAGUUUUCAAGCAAAAUUGCUUCAUGAAACAUUUGAUCCCUCUGAAAUGACCAUUGACAAUCUCAGGGUAUUGCACUGGGACAAAUCCAUGCAGGAAGUCAAGCCUGGAGAUUAUAAGGACUUGGCCCAAGAAUCCUAUACAUUAUGGAAAACCAAGCGUCUACAACUCAUGACCUUGGCAGAAAGUUCCAAAAACAUGCUUUGCCAACUGCGCAAAUCGGUGCGCUUGGUUCUGUUAACAAACGGAGAGAAGCAGGUUCAAAGAGAGAAAAUUGAAGCUUGUGGUGUCAGUGCAUUGUUUGAUGCCAUUGUGGUGGGAGGAGAACAUUCAGAAGAGAAGCCAGCGCCAUCCAUCUUCCUCCACUGCUGUGAUCUAGUGUCCGUAAAACCGGAAGACUGCGUGAUGGUGGGAGACAAUCUGGACACAGACAUUCAAGGCGGACUGAAUGCUGGAUUAAAGGCAACCAUCUGGUUAAAUAAUAACCCCCAAAUAAGCAGCAAUCCCAGCCCUACUCCUCAUUACACUAUACAUUCUAUGAAUACACUACCUGAGGUUUUACAAAAUUUACAGUAGUCGUCAGUUUUAUAAAGAAUAUAGGAAUCCCCUUCAUGCACAAGAGUGUGGUCCAAGCAUGGAGACGAGGCAAAAAAUGGUUUGACAUCUUAAAGGGUCACUAAAGGAAAAAAUUUUUUGCUGAAAUGACUAUUUACAGGGUAUAGAGACAUACAAG